CCCACCCACAAAACACGUGAAGUCAAAAUGGCGGAUAAUCCUCCAGCUCCUCCAGAAGAUGCUGAGACAAAAAAUAUUAUUGAUAAACUGGCAAAUUUUGUUGCUCGGAAUGGCCCAGAGUUUGAGGCCAUGACGAAAAAGAAACAACAAAGCAACCCAAAGUUCAGUUUUCUUUAUGGAGGAGACCAUCACUCCUACUACCUCUGGAAAGUGAAAGCAGAGAGGGAAGGUGGAUCACGUGAUCAACACGUGACUCCAUCGGAGACUAGCGCAACGAGUUUUCAUCCUUCUUCUCAAAAUAUUGAAUCGAUGCUUGAGUCAUUACAUCAAACAAAGUUAAAGGAGCAGGUGGACAUUGCGGUCAUCACAGAUCCACUGGAAAGAGAAUUCCAAUCAGUCAUUAGCCCAGUCAUGAAUUCCUGUACCAAUGAAUCAAUGGCCAGCAGUAAAGGUUGGGUCUGUAGCCAUUCAAAGACUGAGGAAGAUUGUGGAAAGAUGGCACAUUUUAUAAUGAGAAGAACGUUGGAUUCUCCUAAUAUUGAAUUCUCUCAUAAACUUCAUGUCAUUUACCUCAUUAAUGACAUACUAUAUCACUGUUUCAGAAAAGAUGCUCAUGACUUAAAACAAGCUCUAGAAACGGUUGUUGUUCAAAUAUUUUAUAAUGUUUUUUCGUCUGAUCCCAGCAGGAGUGACCCUCUCAUUAAGGUUCUGAAUAUAUGGGAGAGUCAGAAAUAUUUGAGCGAAGGAAAAAUUUCGAUAAUUAAAGAUUUAUUGAAGCUACCUGAGUCUUCAUUACCUAAAGCUCCACCUAUUGCUCUGCCCCCUAUUGUAAAUGAGGGUGUGGCUGCCCCUCCUCCUCCGUGGAUGCAGCAGUCAAUGAACCAAGCUCCACCUCCAAUUCCACAUCCUGGUCCAGCUCCAUGGCAACAAGCUCCACCUCCUCCAGCUCCGCCUUCUUGGGAUCACCCUCCUCCUCCUCCAAAUUAUCUUCCUCCUUCUCGUCCUCCCUGGGGACCUCCCCCUCCCUCUCAUUGGUCCCACCCACACAUUCCCCCUCCUAACGAACCGACGCCUUUAUUUGAAACUCCGCCCAUUCCCCCACCCCCACCUCCUGAUAAUCAAUUUAUUGAAAGUAUUGAUUAUAAUCAUCAAAAAUUAUCGGAGCCACACCCACUUGAUCCCGCUUUUACCGGCAAACCGUCUCCAUCCAAAGAUCCUCCUUUUAUGCCACGCCCUCCGGAGCAUGGAUUGGAACCACACCCACCUCCUUUUCAAGGCGUGCAAGUAUUUGAUUACAAUCAUCAGCCGCCUCCCACUUCUUGGGAUAACAUGCCACACCCCUCUCACCCCAUGCCUCCUCAGGGACCACGCCCAUUUCCCUUUCCUCCUGAUCGGUCUUUCAUGCCAAGACCGCCUCCCCCUAUGCCACAGGGUCCCCGCCCACCUCAUUUACCAUAUUUUGAUUUACCAGCUGGUCUUAUGAUACCACUAGUACCGCUUCACGAGAGUUCUUACCGCCCACUCAACCCACUGCAUGUUGUUCUUCCUCCUCCUAUUCCUCCGACCGAAAGACUCAUUAAAGCAGUGGAGGAGUUUUACCAACCACCGACUGAAGAGAAGACAAGAAACCAAGAUGGUUGGGAGGCUAAGGCUUUGCUUGACUUUUACGAUGCAAAGAUGAAAGCUAAAGACAUUUUGAAGAACAAAGGAGGAGGAGGAGGAGGAAAUACCAGACGGAACGUGCCGCCAAGAAGAAGAUCCCCAUCUCCAAGGAGAAGAAGGAGAAGAUCUUCUUCAUUGUCACCUUCACCUCCUCCUCGAUCAAGAAGGAGGUCGUCACGUUCUCCGUCAAGCGACUCAAGUUCCUCGUCCAGUCGUUCACCGUCACCUCAUCGGAGGAGGAGAAGGCGUGGCAGAGGAAGUAGGCGGAGCUACUCUCGAUCCCCCUCCCCCAAAACUCCAACAAUUGAAGAAUCUUCUCGAAGAAAACCACCACCACAACAACCUUCAGCUCCUAUAACAACCGGAAGUCAAGAACUAGGCCAAUUGACGGAAGGUAACGUUGGACAUCAGAUGCUAAAGAGAAUGGGUUGGGAGGGGGCGGGGCUUGGUUCCAAAGAGCAAGGGAUUCAAGCUCCUAUAAAAGGCGGUGAAGUUAGGAAUAAAGCUGAGCAGUUUGCUGGAGUUGGCAUGGCACAGAAUAAUGAUCCGUUUGAACAAUUUAGACGCUCUAAAAGUUAUACUUAUAACAGACGUCCUCCAUCAGGACCUCCCUAAGUUCCAAGGGGUCGCAUAUUCCCAGAACCAAAAAGAAGAAAAUGAUGUUCUCUUUGGAGAUUAAAAUUAUUAAUUUUAUUCAUGUACUAUAAUGAUAAUGAUGAUAAUACAGUAAUUAAUUAAAUUAAUUAUUCAUUGUCCAAGGAUGGGCUGAGGUGCUAAUUUUGCAUGCUGCAGCAUAGAUACAGCUUCUUCUCUGUUGCUAAGAUAUUUUCCAGAGGAAAGACGCGUCAUUCCUAACAUUUCUACGGCUUAGAGGCGGUAAGGACAGACACCCUGGGGUCUAUUUUUAGCAGCUUUGGAGAUCUGUGUGCUCCUUUUAAAAAUCAAUUUAGAAGUACUAUUUUGAAAAGGUAAAUGUUCUUUUAUUCGUUGCUAAGGCGAGGUGGCACCUUCAUUGAGCUGUAGACUAAACUCAUUUGUCUUCUAAAAAUAAUGAUAAUAAUUAUUAUAUAUGCAUAAUGUGUAAUAUUUUGAUUUAUGAAAAUAGAAAAAGAGGUGGUGACCCCAUCAUGAAGAUAUUUGAUAAUUUCACUCAAACUUUGAACCAGUAUCCUUUCCUAUGGAUACUCUAUCCUAUCCUGAUACUUCUUCCUGUAGUACUUCUAGUAUCGUACUGUGUCAAGAUUGACAGAAAGGUAAUUAAAGACAGAUAACCUUUUGUAACUUGAGAUAACAAAGCAUGUACAUCACUUUUGAGCUGCAAUUGCAAUUCAAAAAUAGCAAGUGUUAUCUUAUGCUGCUAGCUUUAUUUGAAAUUUAAAUUUUAAAAAGUAUCCUAUAAUAUUUGAAUUUUGUAA